AUGUCUGCUCCAAACAAGCAAAGAGUCGUAAAGACCAGCAAAGACGUAUGCAACGACGACAGGUUCGGUUGUUUGACUCUCAUCCUGCAGCAGAAUAGGUAUGUUCUCUGGACGAACGAAUGCCUAAGCGGUCAUAUGUUGAACAAGUGGGGCCAGAUUAGCAUUCUCUACCUUGAUUGCGGAACGGCCUUUACCUCCAAUAUCUUCCAAGAGCAGAUGUCUGCCUGGACAGUGAAAGUGGAGUAUCAUGCUGCUAGAGCUCCAUGGAAAACCCCAGUGGAGCGAAGUCAUUCUGUUGGCCUACGGACGCUUCGAGCUUGCUAUACUCCGCAGAAGCUUGCUAGGGCCACAGCUUACGACUUAUGCAAGAUUUACGAUCAUGUUACCUUGAUGAUGAACACAUCGCCUAUUUGUGAGCAUGUUUUGGACCAUCAAGCCGGAUCGUCAUCUUCCUUUAUUACUGCGGACUCGUUAGCCUUUGGUUAUACUCGCUCAACUGGCUUAUUGCUGAAAUCGGUGGACGGUGAUCCGAUACCCGACUUACAUGCUUCUAGACCGGUCGCCGUAGAAAAUAUCCGUAAGGCAUUCUUGGCACACCAUUGGCAAGCUCUUCGAGACCGCUGCGCUCAACAAAUUGGUCGCCAGCCUUCCAAGCAUAUCAAGCCCUUGGAUCCUGGUUCCACGGUACUCAUUCGUUAUAAGCCUCGUAACAAGUGUGAU